AUGGCAAACAAGUACCAUGUUCGUUCAAUUAGUCUGCCUUCUAGAUCUCAUCCUAGCACCAUUAGAGUAACUGAGGAAUUGAACAAGCUCAAGGCUUGGGAAAUAACAUCCACAUCCACAUCCACAUCAGCCUCUACUCUUAUUGCUCUUUCCAUACUUGAAGAUUUGUAUAUUUCAUUGGAACAUCUUCUCAACAUGCCGUCAACUCAACAGCUGAUUUCUCAUCAUAGAGGUGAGAAAUUCAUUCAAGAGGUGCUAGACAGUUCUAUGAGAAUUCUGGAUGUAUGUGGCAUCACAAGGGACACCGUGUUGCAAAUCAAGGAAAAUGUUCAAGCCCUUCAUUCUUCUCUUAGAAGAAGAAAAGGAGAUUCAAGUGUUGAAACAAGUGUGGCAGAAUACAAAUUCUUCACAAAAAAGAUGAAGAAAAAUGUCAACAAGUUGAUCACAUCUUUGAAGCACAUGGAUACAAAACUUGGGCUGUCCCCAAAUUUGGAACUUGAUCAUCAUCUUUCUUCUUUCUUCUGUUAUUAG